AUGUUGUUCACACCCAAGGUCCACUUGAUGGAAGCCUAUAUGCCCGGGUCCGCAAGAAAGACUCUCUGGAGGGAGUUGUCACCAUCAACGGCCUCCCAGUCCAUGAAAACCCCUUGACCAAUGCCGAGAACCCAUUACAACACCCCAGUCAUCCCCUCCAAACCACUGACCAGACCCUUCCUGUGACAGGCCACGCCUCCCUCCCUGCCGUCGAUCACACCUUAUCCGUGAGCAGCGACUCAGGCAACUCCACCGCAUCCAUCAAGACUGAUCGUACUGAUGAGCACAGCCAGUCCGUGCAGGGUGCCGUGAACCACAACAACCCAACAGCGACCCACCCGUCCCUGAGCCCGCAGGAGAAAAAAGAGCUCGACCAGCUUCUGAGUGGCCUCGAAGCACCAACUCACCAACGACAAGCCUACCUGUCCACGUCCACCAGUCCAGGAGGAGGUGUCCGACACCUGGUCCCAGCGCAGGUGCACGUCAACGGGGGCCAUACCAGGCUAGUUGCCGCCCCUUCAACAGAGGAGCGUGAGACAGAAAUUCUAGACGACGAGGUGCCCAAUAGCCAAGAGGGCAAUAGUGUGGACAGCUUGGGCACGCUCUCAUCCCUGGAGGGCCAGGCAACACCGGCUGACCUCUACUACCAAUCACAGACUCCCAGCAGCAAGCAAAACGACGGACCCUACCUUGAGAGAGUUGUUCUUGGGGAAAAGUUGAGCGAGAUGCCCGUGCAUGGAGUACAAACGCCCACGGCGAUGCAAGAGAGGUCUGUGAACUCUGCAUCGCCACAGGGGGGAUUCAAGAACUACCAGAACGGAGAAGGGAUGUACCGUUCACAGUCUUUUGGGAAUCCGCCAGCCGGCAGCCCUGAGACCAACCCGAAGCUGAUGCCCAGGGCCCCAGAGAGGAGCACCAGUAGCCGGGAGGCUGUUCAAAGGGGUCUCAACACCUGGCACCAGUAUAGCCUACCAGAUGAUCCCUUUGGCCCUCCUCUUCAGUCAACCCAUAGCUUGCCCCACUUCCCCACCUCAGCCUCGCAGCGGGACAUUGAGCAGUCCAUUGAGGCACUCAACAUGCUCAUGCUCGACCUGGACCCAAUCAACUCCCACAUGUCCAAGUCCCACAGUGCGCCUCCUGGGGAGGACAGCCUCAAUUCAUCCCAGGCACCCUUCUCGCAGACCCUUGCAAGACCGUCAUACCAAGCAGACUCUGCCAUCCAUGGUUACAACAACUCCGGGUCCGUCAACAACUCCUUUCAUCAGCCCCUGUGGGCGACUGGGAGAGCGUUGCCCAACCAGAGCCCCCUCAUGGAGUCCCCGGUCUAUUCUCCCCAGAGGUCCAACGCCGGCUACCAACACCAAAACACCACCCCAACACACACCCCUGAGCCCUACCUCCACACACACCAAGCAGCCCACCAUUACCCCACAGAUCCCUCCCCUAAUUUCAACCAGCAGGUGCCAGUGAAGCCUGUGAACUCAUACCCAGGAGGCGGGCUUUCCCACUCCCCGGACCCGCAGGACUCGUCUCCUUAUCCAGGCUACAGUGCCUCUUCCUCUCCUCUCCCCGCACUCACCCCCCAGCCAAAAGACACGUCUUCUUCAUCCUUGCCCAAAGAACAAGAUGCAGAGGAGGAGACGCUUAACUUGGAGGGCCUGGUAGCUCACCGCAUUGCCGGGGUUCGAUCCAGAGGAAUGACCCCAGAAGUGAUGCAGGAGACGGGUCGACGUCGGACAACCAGUGAGGGACAGUACCAGAGCAGCCAUGAUAACACGCCGAUGGUGGAUUCGCCGGACUUCGCCCACAAUCUGGCCCUCAACCCGGGAAGACGUCCCAGAGAGGGUCCCAUGCACAGCUACCGGGAGGCGUUUGAGGAUGACGAUGCGGACGGGUUUGACAACAGUCCCGCCUUUGGAGGCGGUGGUGAGAAUUCCCCCCAGACCCCAAGCUUCCCUGUGUCGCCACAGACUCCUUACUUCAACAUGUCUCGCUCUCCUCCAGGUUUAACCAAGACUCCUCUGUCAGCUCUGGGACUGAAGCCUCAUCACCAGGGCGGAUCAGACUCUGAUUCCAAUGAUGGAGAGCAAGAUAAUCGCAGUUUUGGGGACUGCAGAGCACAACCAUUCAACGUUCCUUUCUCCUCCAGCAGUCCCGUCCACAGCGCUGAUGGAAGGAGGAUUGGUUGUUCUCCGCACAGUCCCAUCCCCUCCUACCCUUACAGACCCACCUCCCCCGAGGGCUCCCAGGUCAACAUCAUGGGGGUCCACACCGUCCCCGGCAGCCCCAACACCCUCCACCGCACAGUGGCCACCAACACGCCGCCGAGCCCCGCCCUGCAGAGACGCCUGGGUCAAGCCAGCCCCUCAUUGGGCAGACACCCUACUCCAGCAGGCGUCCCUUCCAGCCCUCUGAUUGGCCGAAACCCUCAAACAGCAGCAGCUGGCGUGCCCCCCAGCCCCCUGAUGGGGCGCCGCACGGCGGCAAGCGGCCACAGCACACCUGACGAGCUGGGGGCCGCUUCCCGUCAGGGGAGCGCCCAACCGCCCUCCACGCCUGCCUUCCCCGUCUCCCCACAGCUGCCGGAGAAGAGGCACAUGUCCAGCGGAGACGCUGAGAGGACGGACAACAAGAACCUGACGCCGGCCAGCGGUGGCAGCACACCAAACCUGUCUGGCACACACACACUCCCAGACGUCUCAAAGUCCAUAUACGAUGGUUAUCCAGACAUUAAGAUGAACGUCAAGUUCGUCCAGGACACCUCCAAGUUCUGGUACAAGCCAGACAUCACCAGAGAGCAGGCCAUCAAUGUGCUGAAGGACAGGGAGCCCGGGGCGUUCAUCAUAAGGGACAGCCAUUCCUUCAGAGGAGCCUACGGUUUGGCCAUGAAGGUGGCCUGCCCGCCACCAACCAUCCAACAGACCAAAAAAGUUGGUGACAUGACUAAUGAGCUGGUGAGGCACUUCCUGAUUGAGACGAGCCCCAAAGGCGUCCGUCUGAAGGGUUGUCCCAAUGAACCCUACUUUGGUUGCCUUUCUGCUCUGGUGUACCAACACUCGAUGACUCCGCUGGCUCUGCCCUGUAAGCUGAUGAUCCCCGCCAAAGACCCAAAUGAAGAGGCUUUGGAGCUCGCCACACCUAUUGAUCCAGCUGUUGAACUUCUGAAGCAGGGAGCAGUUCAGAAGGUUGCUGAGGAGGCCCAUGCGUGCAAUGUUCUCUACAUCAACUCCGUGGACAUGGAGUCUCUCACGGGUCCUCAGGCCAUUGCCAAGGCGAUCAGUCAGACACUGGCGACCAACCCUCUGCCUGCCGCGACCACCGUGCACUUCAAAGUGUCCACACAGGGCAUCACGCUCACCGACAGUCAGAGGAAACUUUUCUUCAGGCGACACUAUCCCAUCAACACGGUAACCUACUGCGACAUUGAUCCCCAGGACAGAAAAUGGGGCAAAGAAGGAGGGGGUUCAGUGAAGCUUUUCGGAUUCGUGGCGAGGAAACAAGGAAGCACAACAGACAAUGUCAGCCACCUGUUUGCUGAGCUGGACCCAGAUCAGCCCGCCUCCGCCAUCGUCAGCUUUGCCUCCAAAAUGAUGAAGCGGUGAAACCCCCAAUGUCCGAAUGGCAGCGGCCAUUUCGAAAUCUUCCUUCGUCAUUGGUGUCUUUUUCCACCAGGACUCGAUGAUGUCCUUUUUUUCUGUUUCCUGUUGGUUUGUUUCUGUUUCCCUUCUCUCUAUUUUUCUCUCUGCCUUGCUGGUUUGUCUUGACUUUGGACAUUUUUGGAAGAGUCUCUACUUGAGGGAUUUGGUGUGGAAUCCAGAGUGGCUCUAGUGGAAGUGUGGUGUGGAACUGUGAACGUGACAAACAUGGAGGCCAUUGAAGGGAGGGAAUGUACUAACAUGGGAACCUGUACUAGGAGAAAUGCUAGUUAAAGACUAAAGGAACAACGCUAAGUUCAGUCGAGGAACACGUAAGGACACGUAUGUUUCAGGGUUUUCCGUUGUCGAUUUUGUUGAUUGAUUUACCAAAGGUAGUUGCAAUACAAGUGCAAGAAAGAUGUAGCUAUUAAGCCAUUAUUAUUUCCUCUUUUCAAAAGAUGAAGUGUUGAACAAAACAAAAAGAAAAAAAAGAAAAAUACGGUUUCUUCUUGAACUUGUCUUCAGGAAAAAAGUUGGCCUUGAUGGCUUUUAGCAAAACAUUGUCUGAAGACCUUAUGCAUGUUAGCUUGAUCUUUAAGCUUGGUUCUUCUACCUUCCACAAAAAUCAUUGUGAAAUCCUUAGAGUGGUCAUUUUUCGGGUCUGUUGUGUUUUGGAAAGGGCUCUACAGUGAAACAAAGACUGAUCUAAACUGCGCAUAGCAAACCAGACUUUAAAAAAAACAAAAGAAAAACGCCACGCUGAGGUCACCGCACCUUGUGUCAAUGCACACUUACAUCACUUCGACGCCAGGUCCAAGCCUGAUCUCUCUCUCUCUCUCUCAAAACUCGCUUAUUGGAUUCCUGAAAUCAGCAAGCUCCUGAUAGCAUGGCAGUCGGAGAGAGGAAGACUGUUUGUCCACAAGAUGGCGCUACCCCUUCAGGCUUGGAUCCUCUCCCUAAGCAUCACAUUGACUUGCCCAUCACCAACUGCUUGCAGUAGUGGAUCUGUUGAUAGACGCUGCCACUGAAACACACUGGAAAUCACCAGGGACUGGCCCAAUGACCUGGACCUAUGCACUGUUCUUUAUGCAUGUUGUUGUCCCAAAUUGCACCCUCCCUCAUAGCUACAUUCAACAUCACUGAAAACAUUCUAUGCUGUGUGCUAAAAAUGACUUAAAAACCUUUAGACAAGUACACUGAGGUUGUAUGACUUGUCAAAGACUGCAUGAAAUAGACAACAUUUUUGUACUCUUCUCAGAGUCCUGAAAAGAAGUAGACAACCCAUUGUUGAAGUAGUCACAUGAUGGCGAAAAUGCUAUAUUUUUACUUUCUUUAAGUUUGGUCCAUUUGAGCCAGGGUUACCUUUCACUGUAUCAAGGACGGACCGGUCUUUGUUUUUCCUUCCACAGUGUCGUCAAAAUUUACAUUUAGAUACCUUUUAGGGCAAAGAAGAAGAAAAAAAGGAGUUUCCACACUGUGCGCAAUAUGCCUGCUUGUUGAAUACACACGCUCAACCAUUCACAAUAAGCUAAGGAAAAUUGAUAUAAAUGUACAUAGAUAUACUACUUUGAAAGGUGACAUAGCGAAAAAGUAUUUAUUUUUGUUGCUUUGGUCCCUCAUGAUUACUCAUAUAUACAUAUAUUGUACAGUCUAGAAGAUUACCUAAUGGGUUGAGAAAAACAUAUAUACUUAUUUUGGCUAAAGAUUUCAAGGUCUGAUGAUUUUGAAAUGUGUUUGAAUAUAUGGUGUACAUUACUUUGUACAUGUAUAUGUUUGUUCUCGGCUCGUCAUAUUUUGUUUUUGUUUUUUCAAUUUUGCGUUCUCUCAGAACGAGGAAGGGCAUGAAUGAGAUAGAAGCGUCUGGAUUGCAUGGACAGAAGCAUUUGAGUGUGUUUCAGCAGCAGAAAAGCACUCAUAGAAGCAAAUGCGUUGUAGCUGGUAGAUCCUGUCGAUUUCAGAAAAAGGGAAGCACGAAAAAAAAGUUCAGAAGCCAACCUCAAAUGCAAUAUGAAAACAGCUGUAUGCACCCAUGACAGUUACAUUUAUAAUUUUGCCAAAGAUUCAAACACUUCAUGCUGCAUGUCGCUUUUUACGUUCAACUGCUCCAUUUUUGUGUUUCACACUUUACACAUCUCGCUCAGCUUUAGCAGCAGAUUUAAGAAAGCUCAACCAGCCAGUGUGUGUUAUUGGUCGUGUAACUAACACAAGGGGCCCUUGGGUUUAAACAGCGAGACAUUCAGCUGCAGAUUACUUUUUUUAUCAAUUUGUUUUUACUGGUGUCUCAAUGCUCUAAAAAUGUGCAAACCUCCAUCGGCUGUUCAAGAGAGAACAGGUCCGCUUUGCCCCAGUUGGAAGUGUGGAAACAAAGCACUUACAUUUCACAAUACCAAAAGACGAAAUUCCACAUGGGUGUCGUUGCUGGAGGUAAAUGAAGUUCGACGUGUCUCACCGCGAUGCUAAAGCUCCACAGCUGCAGCUCCGUCAGACUGCCAAAGGUGUCUUCUCUCGAAAAGUGAUUACUGAUUUAUUUAUUCUUAUUUAUUCAUUUUUUUUUUUUCCUGACAUGUUUAAAAAAAUCUUGUUUCAUUGUCGCAUCAUUGCAGUUUUAACGGUCAGUGUUAACGAAUGGAGGAAUGUAUGGUGGCGCUUUAUUAGGAGCAAAGAGGUACAUUGCACUUAAAUCGACUACUAACAAGCUUUGUUCCGUUUUUAGUCAUUUUGAGGAAAAAAAAGUUCUCUAAAUUAAAAAAAAAAAAAAAAAAAGAAUCUGAUAUUGCAUUUUACCUGUUGGCUUUGAGUCAAGAGUUACCUGGUUUCAGUGAAAAAGAAGAGAUUUGUGACCCCUUUGUACAGCUGGGACUUGUUGGAUGAAUGUGAUACUAUGAAUGUACAAAAGGGUCUCGGAUUUUGUUUGCGCUUAUCAUUUACAUUAUAUUGUCAUGGCUUACCUGUUCCUAAGGAGAAAAAAAAAAACAUUAAAGCAAUACAAAUGAGUUACAUUCAA